GUUUCAGUUGGUUAUAUGUUUAAAGGUCGGUUUGAUUCGAUUUUCUUAAAGCUUGGUUACUCAACUGGUCUGUACUUUCAUUCAUGACUGCAAAUAAAUCGACUGAUUUGGUGUUAUAUGGAGCUACUGGUUUCACUGGAAAAAUCGCUUGCGAGUACAUUUCAUCAAAAGGUGAAUCGUUUUUUAAUAAUUUCAAGUGGGUAAUUGCAGGUAGAAAUUCUCAGAAGCUUGAAUUACUGAAAAAAGAACUUGUGUCGAAGUUUUCUUUCUUGGAAAGUCUAGAAAUCUUCAUAGCCGAUUCAAGUGACUCAGAUGCGCUGGAUGUCCUGACUUCAAAGUGCAAAGCAGUGAUUUCUUUCGCUGGGCCUUAUUCAAAGUAUGGCUCAAAACUGGUCGAAAGUUGUGUCAAAAAUGGAACUCAUUACGCCGACUUGACAGGCGAAGUUUUCUGGAUUGCAGAAAUGAUUGAAAAAUUCGAGGAGCGUGCUAAGGAAACUAAAACGAAGUUGAUACCAUCGUGUGGUUUCGACUCAAUUCCGAGCGAUUGGGGAGCGUACAGCAUUGCUAAACUUUUCCGAGAAACGCUUAAUGAGGAUACCAAGUACGUUGAAGGAGUUCUCUGGAACGCUAAGGGCGGGUUUUCAGGGGGAACUGUUGCUUCAGGGUUUGAAAUAGCCUCACCCGAAAAUAUCCAAAAACACAACUUGGUUAUGAACGAUCCUCAAGCUUUGAAUGCAAAAGACAAACGUAAUGGGCUUGAUGUAUCAGAUAGAGAUAAUGUUACAUGGGAUAGUGAAAUACAGCAGUACCUCGCGCCAUUUAUCAUGGGUCCCGGAAAUUCCAGAAUUGUGAGACGAUCCAACGUUUUCAACAACUAUGGCCCGGAUUUUACGUACAAUGAGAGCGUCAAAUCAUCGUGGCUUGGCGGGAAGGCAAUAGCUUGGGGUCUCUACUUCGCAAACUGGUCCUUAUCAAGUCCUUGGGUCCGACCAAUUGCUCAAAAAGUGGCACCAAAACCAGGCGAGGGUCCAAAACAAGAAGACAUGAAAAAUGGGUUUGCGCAUAUGAAAUUUUUUGGGCAGAGCUCGAAAAGUGGGAAAAAAGCCGUUUGCAAUCUGAUGAUUAAAGGAGACCCUGGAUAUCUUAUCACUGCUCGUAUGAUAGUCGAAGCAGGUGUUGAUUUGGCUAAGGAAACAGAGAGCAUGGACGCUUAUGGGUUCAGAACUCCUGCGAGCGGACUUAGUGAAAAGUGCUUCGAAGCUCUGCUCCAAAAUGGAUUCGAAGUAAAAACGUCUCUCGUACAAGAAUUUACCGAAUCCACUCAGUAAGACUCAGCCGAGGGUGGUGGAGGGAAGGGACCGCGACUGCUCUCUUUUCCUCAAUUCUGGUUACGACAUUUACCCAAAGUGCCCCCUGACCAACAACAAAAGUUUUCUAAAAGCGCUGACGACGCUAAUAACUAUUUUUAAGAGGGGAGCCCGCGCCGAAAAAACGUAAUUUUUUGGUCAAUUGUUUUUAAAAUCAAAUUGGUCUCUGAAAAGAGGUCGGCAACAUUUUCAAUUUUUCUCCAAAAAAAAACAACCAGAAAAAUUUCUCUGCAUGCCACUGGUAAAUCUUUUUAAUUUUUACUUAAAUUAUAAAACUGCAUGUUCAAAAAUAUUCAAAAAAGAUACAUCAUUUGGAAAUAGCUAUUCAGUAGCCAAACUUAAUACGUUGAAAAUUCUUGAGAUAAACACCGGCCCGCAAAUUCAACCUAAAAUAAGCCCUUAUCGACUCAAUUUGAUUGACGAGUUUAGUUAGAAACUACGAACAAAUCAUACGAUGAAAAUACUGUGAAAAUGCAGGAAAACUUUUUCAAGACUAGUUUUAUACAAAAAGAUGGAACUUCUAGUGACAACUUUUCAAUUUGGCUUUAACGGGGUCAGCAAAUGUUUUUUGAAUUGUUUUCCCGCUUCAGAUGGAACAUCUCAAAUGCAGUGCAAGAAUGAAUUUUUUAUUAAUAGGAUUGCUACUCAAACCUUUUUUGAUUAUGAUAAGUUUUGAUUCGAACUUCACAACCUACCCAAGCUGAUCAAAAGUGUUUCUCAAUAAUUUUCAUAUAUAAAAAAUGCUUAUCAUACCAAGUCUAU